UGGUAUUACGUUUGGCGUUGAGCAAUACAUUCACUGUCGAAUGGUAUUACAUUAAGAGAUCUCAUUACAUUUCGAGGCAAUACAAACUCUCAUUUUUAAAACACGUGGUCGUCAGUUACUGCGGCAUUUCCUGGAUAAGUGGUCCUUUAGACCUCGAGUGCUGAACUACAAUGUAGAAUGCUUGACUCAAAAGAAAUACAACACCAUGGGAUGCCAAUCUAUUGGUUCAGAACAAGACAGGCAUUGAGAUUUCUCAGCCUUUAUGACACUUCAUUACAAGUCGAACUGUUCCAACAGUGACUCCAGCAUAGCCAGCAAGUUUAGUUGAUUUAGAUACGCAGAGAGUACGUUUAUUCAUUGCUUAACGAAAUAUCAUAUCAAGGUGCCAUGGAAAGCACUACAUUUGACAACAGAAAGUUGAUUUAUGUCGCUAUUAAUGGUAUAUCUUCUUUACCCGCCAUAUUCACCAACAUCAUUGUUUUUAUUUCAAUUUGGAGGACGCCGAGACUUCACACACCUUCCUUCGUCCUGAUAUUUAACCUUGCUGUAUCAGACUUUGGAGUGGGACUAAUUGUACAGCCAAUUUUCAUAGCAUUUUUUGUCGUUUUCGACUAUAAUGAUGUAUUCCGGAAAGCUUUCCAAAUUUAUUCCUUGUAUUUUGUCGGUGCUUCGACAAUCUGCAUGGCCGCUAUCGCUGUUGAUCGAUGUCUCGCUGUAAUGCUUCACAUGAGAUACCAAGCGAUAGUUACAACAACAAGAUCCGUUAUUCUAACACUCUUGGGUUGGGUACUGAACACACUAUUACUGGUAUUGUUCGGUCUCAUUGAUUGGGAAACUUUCCAUUAUGUUUCAGUAUUUCUUGUAUUAUUUUGUGUUAUUUUAGUAGUCGUUUGCUAUUACAAAAUCUUCCGUAUUGUUCGCAAACAUCRUCGACAAAUCAUGGACCAAAGACAAGCAAUUCAUGCASCUGCGGUAAAACACGGAAAAUCUCUGAAAAACAUGUUUUAUUUACAUGGAUUUUAUGCUCUUUCAUUUGUACCUUUAGUGGUAAACUUCUGCCUCAGUUCUAUUCAAAGUCAUUAUCCUUAUGACUUUUUCGAUACUGCAGUAACAUUUGCCAUGUUAAACUCGACAGUCAACCCUUUCUUGUAUUUUUGGCGAAUGAAAGAACUGCGAAGGGCUGUUUUCAAAGUAUGGAAGGAGAAAGCAAUGGCAUGCUCAGAUAUAUUUCUUUGAGAAAAACGUUUCUCUGUGCUUGAGUAUAUCCUAGACAUAUAAGCUGCAGAAUGUGAAACUUACCUACAGAUUUCUCUCUGCUUUCAUACGAGGCCUUUUUCAACUCAGUUGUGAAUAUUUGACAUUCAUUAAAGCAUAUUGCAUGUUGACGGAGAAAAAAAGAAAUCGGUGUAGUAAAAUUGGAGUAAACGKUUGUAUUGGUGCUACGAUGAUUCAAUUUUCCACGAAGGAUCCUUCAGAGCAAUAUGAAGGAUCUGUCGUGCGAUUUCCGUAUAUGGUUGUGCAUGUAUGAUAUGGACAUCCAUAUAUGGAAGACGUACAAGAGACUCUAUUCUGGUCCUUAGUAGUUACUUUGUCGUUUCCGGCAUAGUGAGUGGUCAUUCACAUUCAAGUGCGGCAAUAGAAUAUCUCCCAAGCUGCGUCACUUUGUCAAAGAAAAAAAACAGGUGCAAUGGCAUCCUCUGACCGCUUUCAGUUCUUGAUGAUUAAACCCGUUGCUUUUAACCACUUUCCUACAUAGAAACGACGGCUAUUUUGAGCCGGGUGCGCGCAAGUCU